AUCUGUGAAUGAUCACAGAGGUCACAUGGUACAAGGCUAUUUAUCACUGAUCACUGUAUUAGUGUCAUUGGGAUGUCAGUGGCAGUUAACAGUGGAACACCGAUCGUCGGACGGGACCUCUGUGCGAGGUCCCGAUCAUGUGAUCACUGAUUGGCCAAUCAGUGAUCAAAAGAACAGUAGUAAGCAAGAUGUCACUUCUUGACAUCAUUGCUUACUACUACUGAAAUCUGUGAAUGAUCACAGAGAUCACAUGGUACAAGGCUGUUCACAACAGCCUUGUACCAUGUGACAAGCUGUG